AUGGUGGCCGCCAGCGACUUGGACGAGAUGGACGUGUGCACGGACACGGCGAGCGAGCGCUCGAGCCUGGACACGGUGGAGCUGCUGGGCGCGCGCCUCUCGCAGCUCUCCCGCGCCAAGGUGGCCGUGGCGCUCAACAGCGUCCACCACGUGCAGAUGUGCACGGCGUACGACCGCGAGGGCCACGUGACGGCCUACGUGCUGGACGUGUUCCUGCAGGCGGCACCCAGAGGUCUGCCCGUGGCGUCGGCCGCGACCGGCAGGAGCAAGAGCAAACACACUCAGAAGCAUAGCAGGAGCGAGCGCGUGCGGCGGGGGUUGCGCGAGGAGGACGAGCUGCGCGCCGACUACCAGGUGGAGCACCGCUACUCGACGUUCCGCGCGCUGCGCGAGCGCAUCGGGGCGGCGGUGGCGGCGCCCAAGGACAAGUCGCACCCGCAGUGGUGUCCGUACUGCACGCGCGUGCGGGAACUGGUGAGCUCGGGCGUGUUCCCGUCGCGGUUCCCGAGCCGCGGGCGCGUGGCCGUCGCCGUGGGUCUGCACGACUACGUGGUGCGCAGUCGCGAGGCGCGUCUAGAGACGUUCGUGAACUUGCUGCUGCGCGCUGCCAAGGACGUUUCGUACCGCUCCGGCUGCAGUCCGUGCGGGCGGUUCGAGGUGGUGUCGAGGCUGCUGAGCGACUUCCUGACGGAGCCGCACCUGCGCGCGUCGGGCGGCGCGUGGUGA